AUGGGACACCUGCUUGACCUCCCGGAUGAGAUCCACACUCAGAUUUACACCUUGAUAGGUGAUUCAGAUCGCCUAGCGCUUUUCCAAGUCAUAUAUGUCAAUAAGAGACUGCACAGAAUCGCCUCACCGCUUCUCGUCCGUCAUUGGCCGCUUCAUCCCGAGAUCCUACACAGAGAGGCACCUGCUCGCUUCGCACUGCAUCUUGUGCGAAAUUCUCACCUCCAAAGGGAUGUAAAAUCGAUAGUCUUCGAUGACCUCAUUCGUAUCGAAGAAGAUGACCCAUUGGUUGGUGUUGACGGACUUGAUGAACUUGCUUUAGCAGCUCGUCAACGGUUUCCAGAGCUUGCCAAUGACCCUGGCUGGUGCGAAGGACUAGUCACUGCAAAAAUAGAUCCGGUAGCGGCGCUUCUCUUAGUUCUAUGUACCAGAAUCGAGAGUCUCAACCUUACGAUUCCGUACUACCAAGAGUCAAGACUGCUGGUGUUAAAUCUUCUGUCUUUGGCUCUCAGGCAUAACGGUCCCCAGCGGCCACUAGACAACCUUCAGCUCGUUGUCCUCAGAUGGUACGACGAUGACGAUCCCGGAAACAUUCAAUGUGCGGCACCAUUUUUCCACCUUCCGAAUGUCAAAACACUUGCUCUCUCAGCGUUAUCUGACGAGAUACCGAUCAAAAGCAUCUCAGAGGAGAAGGACCAGACUGAACAUUCCAGGUUGGGCUUGGAUCCUGAUAUCUACGAGACACGGUUUCCUGUUGGCACUUCGCCUAUCGAGGAGUUGUUCUUAGAAGCCGCUUGUCUCACGAACCGUGGACUGCUCACUGUUGUCAGCGCCUGUAAACGACUGAAGAAGCUCGUCUUCACUUGGAGAAACCCCACCCGAACGACUGAUGACGGACAAAACAGCGCCCCGCUCAUUCUCACUCGACAAGCGUUGCUCCUCCAUGCCGCAUUUUUGGAGGAGCUCGCGUUCAGUCUUGCCUCGCACCGCUUCAGGCAUGACACGAGUUUUGUAAAUGCGUCUAGUGCGCGAAUGGAAUGCCUUAAAGAGUGCUUUGGACAGAUGAACAAGCUCAAGCGCCUCAGCAUGGAUAUACAUGUCCUCUACUAUCGUGACAAUUCAAGAAACGAGAAAAUGCUGAAUUUUCUACCGAGAUCACUGGAGCACCUUGGCCUCCAAUGCGAUCUUGCGUGUUAUCAACCACAGGUUCUGCAGCUUGUCGAAUUGCUGUGUACGGUGCUGGAGGCUUGCGGCCCUGGUAACCGUUUUUGUUCGCUGAAAACUCUUGAGAUAUGGCUGUUUGUGUUUGGCGGCAUAGACAAAGAUCUAUAUAAGCCGGUAAGCGAGCUAGCGCGGGAAAAAGGCAUCAAAUUCACGUUUAACCACACAUCUCAUGGAGGGGGAAGCACGUGGGAGAUAAUGGGUAUGAUGCCUAAGCCUUAUCCUCCUAUCAUCAAUCCUAAAACAGUUAAGAGGGCGAGACGGGGUUCACUGUUUCAUGGAUGA